AAGGCAGCAGCUGAGAGUGAGCAGUAAAGAGAGCUGUUUGUUAGUUUAGGGUGGUCAGACUCAGCAUUGUGUUCUGAGAAUUUUAUAUUUUAUUGUUAAUCUUUGGAACUGAACAUCUGUGAUCCCCAAGGACCUGAACAUAUGAAGCAGCUUGAAGAUCAUUGAUCUCUACUAUACUUUGUUGCCAGUAGGAGAUGGUGGUGGUCCCAUCAUCCUCCUUUUGAGGUAAAGGACAUGGCAGACAAAUUUUCAUGGGCACAUCUCAGUGAUUCAAAUUUACCAUCAGCAUCCAGUGAAACAUGCACAGAUCUGAGUGAUGCAAAUUUACCAUCAGCAUUCAGUGAAACAGGGUGGUCCAUCUCCAGCCUGGUGAACACUAUAUGUUCCCUGAGCCACAUGGCAGUGGAGAACUUGGACAGGGCAAGAACAACUCACUUUAGAGAUACCCUGGCAAAAAACGAUAUACUAUUCAAGAAGAAAAGCCAUUACCAUCCUGGACAAAUAGUACAUCUUCAAAAAAGAUACUCAAUCAAGUCACCUGCAUGUCGUAUCAUCCUUCCUCCCUUUCCCUUAAAGAGGAGAUGGAGUGAAUUGGCUCUGCCUACAUUCAUGGUGGCAUCAAAAAACGGCAACAUUGUGCAGCAGGAUGACUGUGUGAAUAUAGUGAAUAUAAAUGCUACAGAGACAGAUGCUACUGAUUUGUUUGCUAAAACAUCCAAGGGGAUAAAAAAGGCUGAGAUUGAAGAGACAGGAAUUACCAUCUCAUUUAGUCUCACACCUCUGGAUGUGCUGUCCUUUUUGGAGGAUACCACAAGCAAACAGAACCCUGGAUGUUCCAUCCUUGAGUUAACAUCUACCAAGGGCCAUCUCCAGGAGGCACCUAUAGCCCCAAACAGGAACAGGAACAGCAGAAGGCUAUGGAAGUGGGUGAGGAGACAUAUUAUUCACCCAUUCAGGAGGUUUCUCUGCUUCCCCACUCGAAGUAGAAGACACAGAACAUCCAGGAUUGAUCAUUGGGCCCAGGCCCGUGGUUCCUAAACCACAGGCCUGUGUUCGGCCUGGUACAGCAGAACUGCUGCAGGGGGAACCAGGCCAGAAGAGGCAGUGUAUACAACCUUUUGUUACCUGUCAGAUACCUCCCCCAACCAGGACUCCAUCUCUGUAACCCCAUCUCCUACAGAGUGUGAGUAAUUAGCUCUCUACUCAUUGACAUCAUUGUUCCCAAUGCACUAAUGCAUGGACAGAGAAGUCAUACACAUAAACUUCCUGCUAUGAAGAGACAGCCAUCCUGACUCUGCAGUCCAGGUGUGUCUAUCACAGAGCAUGCAUUGACUGAAAUCUAUGAAGAACAGCAGAAUAAACCCUUUCCAGUUGCCUGGCUUGGAGUACCAUAGGACACUGGCUCUUAGCUUGUUGUAGGAGGCCUGCCCACAAUGCCUCUGUGCUGUGAACUUUGUGUGUUCAUUUAUGCCCUGAUGUGAAAACUCAAAACAUAUGAAGAAACUGGGGCAGUGUAACAAUUUCCAUACUUUAGCCAUGAUUUAUCAGGCCUAACAUGUAAAUUCCUUUAUGUUAUUAAA